CAAUUUCAUUUCUCAUUCCCAAUUCUCAUAACAUAACGACUUUCUCACAAAUCUCAACGGAAAACACAAACAAACAUGAUUUCUUCCGUAUCUCUUCCUUCCGUUUCUCUCUACACCACCGCUAACAACUUCUCCGGCACCACCGUAACUCCACCACCGUGCCGCAUCAGAUCUAAGCCUUUUGUAAUCUCCGCUAGCGCUACAGCCACCGCUGAACCUCGUUCAUGGACUGAACAACAACAGAGACCUUCUUAUCUUAACAUGAACACAAACUCGAUUUGUUCUCCUUCAUCGCUUUACGAUAUCUUAGGUAUAUCGGCUGCUGCAUCGGUUCAAGAGAUUAAAUCGGCGUACCGAAAACUUGCCAGAGUUUGUCAUCCUGAUGUGGCGGCGAUUGAUCGGAAAAAUUCUUCAGCCGACGAUUUUAUGAAGAUUCAUUCUGCUUAUUCUACUCUCUCUGAUCCUGAAAAACGUGCUAAUUAUGAUCGGAGUCUUUUCCGUCGUCAACAACGGCCGUUGUCGACGAUGAUGUCUUCCGGUUACUCUAGCCGGAAAUGGGAAACGGACCAGUGUUGGUAGUGAGUUGACUCGGACUCGUUCGAGUUAACUUAUAAGCAGUAAUUAUAUAACAGAUGAGGAAGGUGCAGUUUAUUGAAGCGCCAUGACUGAUCAAAGUGUAAUUUAUAACUAAUUGCUAAUUAAGGAUAGUAACUAAGUAGUAAUUAGUUUUUUUCGCUGAAACUAUACUAGUACUCCAUUAGUUAGUUUUCAGAGUUUGUAUAUUGAUAUUUGAAAAUAUGUAUUCUGCGGAGUUUUUCCACUAUAAUACAGUACAAAAUUACUGACCAA